AAAUAUAAUUUUACUGAUCCAAUCCAUAAACAUACAAACAUAUACGGUUUUUUCCAUUGACAAAUUUUUGAAAGUAUAACUGCAGUGAUUCAUUCUCCUAUUAGCGCGCCGGUCGCAGUAGGCCUACAGAGUUCGAAGCUUUGAGCACGGAGUAGAGAGCACAAUUUCCUUCUUCAGUGCUUCGAGCUGGCAAGUUAUAACAGCUUAAAAUUUUUACAGGCUUAGUUGGUAUUUUAUCGGAAGAUAAGAUAAGAACUUAUUGUCGUUCAGUCAGAUUAUGAAGUCGUUCGUUAAAAAGUCCAGAAUUCAUAAGUAGUGAUCAGUGUAAGUUUAUUAUUUAUAAUAACGGUAGAUAUAUUGAUUUAUAACUGUUCAACAAUUAUUUUGGUGUUAGGUACGUGAACAGUGUGAUGAAAGUGUUCAAUCUAGUGAGUUAUCUAUCUACAGAAGUGAGAUGUCACUGAAAACUGACAGUACCGUACUUUUUGAAUGAUGAACGUUGGUGUUAUGUGAGUGGUGGUUUGAUGAUAUUCACAUUCACUAUUUCCUAUAAAGUAAUAACAACGCUUCCCAUUCAAUCAAAGCUGACAGCUGUUUGAAGUGGAUUUCACUAUAGCAACACUUCUUUAUGUAAAUAAUCAAAUUUAUUGAAUAGGCCGAAAUAUUUCUUUAAAAAAAACAUUCAAUACAUCUCUCCAGGAGCGAUUAUAUUUUCUACUAUCAUUCUUUCACAAGUGAAUAUCAUUCAUCGUCAAAAUAAGCAAAAAUUUAAAAAUGUCGGAUACAGCAGGAUUCGAAUAUCGGUUCCAACAUCUGCCGGACGCAACCUACGAUUGUGAAUUCAGAGUAGGAGGAGAAAUAAUCAAAGGACAUAAGCUUAUUUUUGCAGCAGCCAGUGAAGUGUUCUAUUCAAUGUUCUACGGCCUUUUGAAGGAGGAAAAACAGGUUGUGAUUGAAGAUUUAACGAAGGAAGGAUUCGAGCACUUGAAAAAUUUCAUCUACACUGGUAAAGUUGAUUUCAAAUCGUUCGAUGAGGCACGCUCAACUUAUGUGGCAUCAAAUAAAUAUCUCAUACCAGCUCUUUCCUCACUGUGCAUCAACCAUAUAAUCAAAGAGCUGUGCAUGGAGCCUUCACAAGCAAUCAUGUGCUAUGAGAUUAGUUGUCGAAUGAGCUUGGAAGUACUUAAGAAAACGUGUUUAAGUAUAAUUUUGAAGAAAUGGCCUGAAAUCGUUCAGUGUGAAAGCUUUUUAGAAGCCGAUGGAAGCACUAUGGAACUGUUAGUGGAAUGCCAGACUCUUGGUUCUGGUUCAGAGGUAGAACUUCUCAAACAUGUCGAGAGGUGGGCGCUUGAACAAGUCAAACGUAAAGAAAUCCCCACUGAUAAGAUAGCAUCUAGCUUUGAUCGUAUCAAAAAGCACAUACGGUUUUUAACUUUCAGUGAAGAUGAUAUAGUGACAUCUGUAGCAAACUCUCCACUGUUAACCCAACAUGAGAAACUCACAAUCGCACUAAACAAAAUGAGACCUCAAUCAAUCCCAUUUCCAGACAGCUUAUCAACCAUCAAUAAACCUCGUUCACAUAGUAAACAGUUAAUCUACAAUAAAACAUUCAUCAUCCCACUCCAAUCCAGUGGAACGAUUGGAACCAUCGAAAUGAAAGACCAGAAUUCAAAAGUAACUGCUUCUAUAUGUAAAGGAUAUAUUUUCUUUCAAGCGGAGACAGUGGUUGAUUCUUUGUUACGCAAUGUUAUCAAUCGGAAUGACUUCAUUAAAGUAAUGUUGAUGACAUGUAAGCUCAAAGUGAUAGCAAAAGAGGAAGCAGAUGACAUUCUCAUUGAAAAUGAAAGUUACAUCAGAGCUGGCCGCACACCUUAUCACGAAUAUGUGGAUGUUUUGGCUGUGAUUCCUAUCAACAAACUGACAGAUAAGCACCGACAAAAUAAUAGAAUCACAAUUGAAGGAUUAUUUUUGUUUCCGGAUACACAACACCAAACCUUGUAAGUUAUUGUGCGCAGGAUGUCCGUCUGUGUCUAUGCUACAAACUGUAGAAGGAGAAAUGGGUUUCUCCUCUUCAUGUUAAAAGUAAUAUCUCACAGAUUUUAGUUCCAGUGCAUCACCAUAGAGGACAACUAACUGUUACAAGCUAUAGUUAUCGAAACAAGUACCCCCAAAUUUCAAGUUCACUAAUCUGUUCAAUGUUUGAGUAGAUAAUAUAAAUGAACAGAGAA